AUGCAAGCACUUUUAGACCUACCUGUUCCGAAGAAUAAUCUCACAAGCCUGCGUCAUUUUCAUGAUCAAGUGGAGACAUAUGUCAGGGGACUAGAAUCCUUCGGUCAAGCUCAGGAUACAUAUGGUUCACUUCUUGUACCUAUUAUUCUCAACAAAUUACCAAGUGAAUUGCGCAAAAAUUUGGCACGUGAACGUGAACAUGGCUCUACUGAUUGGUUGCUAGGUGACUUAAGGAAUAGUCUUUACAGGGAACUUGACAUUUUAGAAGCUGGAACACAUAUGGACACAGCAGAAGAAAGUGCUACAGCUAUUUUCUACAUACACUCAAAAUCCAGUGAUGAGAAAGUACAACAGAAUUACAGUCAUCAGAAACAUCAAGUUUGCUGUGCACUUUGCAAGGAGUCACAUCAUUCAAAUGACUGUGAAAGAUACAGAAAACAAAACGACCGUGUGAAAAUUCUCAAACGAGACAAACUGUGCUUUAACUGCUUAGGCAGACAUCGUGUUGCAGAUUGCCAGUCUAAAUCUAAUUGUAAAAUUUGUAAAAGACGUCAUCAUACAAGUUUGUGCACUGCUCAUGACGUAGUCAAAAACAAAAAGGUGAAUACCCCUACAUUACAAGCAAAGGCUGAAUUGGAUGCAAAGACUAGAGAAAUCAAGAAACUACAGGGACACCUACAGAACUAUAAAAGUGACAUCACGAAAUUGGAACAGCAGAUAAAAGAACAGAAGAUUGUGAAUGAGAAAACUAUGAGGGAUGUUAAGUUUUUACAAACUCGACUUGCAAAGCUUCAGACCAAAUUUGAUGCACAGUUAAUUGCUACAAAUCAGUUGACUGUUGAGAACCAAGCUCAAGUAACAGAGUUAAAGAAAAAAGAAGUUGAAGUUAACAAGCUCAAACAGGAGAUACAAGGGCUCAACAUAUCGAGAGAGACACUUCAGAGGAAACAUCAGCAACCAAGAGACAAAAAUCAUUCGGAUGUAGAACAGCAGAGAGAAACUUUUACGGAUCAAAUUACUGGUUUGAAGAGAGAGUUGGAGGCAGCAAAGAAGCUAGCUGAAGUUGAUAAGAAAAACCUGAAGCAAAACAUUCAGAAUUACAGAGAGGAGACCCAGGAGAAGAUGAAUAUCAUCUACCAGCUGAGAAGGGAGCGAGACCACUACAUUAAUGAGGCCAACAAUCUAACUCAGAAUUACAUGAAAGAUAACAAAGUUCAUGGCAUGCAGAUUCUUGACUACAAGAAGAAGAUUUCUGAGAAUGACACCAAAAUCAGGCAACAACAGAAUCUAUACGAAGCUUUCAAAGAUGAAAAAAACACUUACAGAAAAAACAUCAUCGAGUCUCAGGAUGCAGAGAUCACAGAUAUGAAGAGGAAGGUGAACAUUAUGGAUCAACAGAUUGAUCAGCUUAAGCAGGAAAUUCAAGCCAAAGAGAAUGCGUUUAUCAAGGAGUACUUCGAGCAUCACAAUGCAUAUGCAGAUAAAGACAAAGAGAACUUCAGAUCUGAGUUGAACCAUUUAACAGCAAACAAAGCUUUCAGUACAUAA